AUGGCGGCGGUCACCUACUCCGUUAAGUUCAGCCUACGACACUUCAGCUGGGCGAGGAACUUCGUGAUCAACUACAACAUGCAGAACAUGAACAAAGAGUUACCUGAACUCUUCUCCAUGCUGAAAUCUACUGAGAUUGAGAUACAGAAAGAGCACCAAGUGUUGAUGGUCAACAAGACCACCAGUUUCAAGAAGCAAGGCAAAACUAAGAAGGGCAACUUCAAGAAGGGCGACAAGAAAGUUGUUGCGCCUCCUGUGAAGCCUAAGGCUGGCCCUAAACCUGAUACUGAGUGCUAUUACUGCAAGGAGAAGGGGCACUGGAAGCGUAAUUGCCCCAAGUACAUGGCUGAUCUGAAGAGCGGCCUUGUCAACAAAAAGAAAGGUAUAUUUGAUAUACAUGUUAUAGAUGUCUAUCUUACUGGUUCUCGUAGUAGUAAUUAG